AUGCAUUAUGAGAGCAGGGUGAGUGAAAUCGUCGAUUUCUCCUUGGAGUUGCGGAGGAAGAGUGGCGGCCUGAUAGAGGUGCACACGAUGUUGAGAAGCAUUGAUGGUGUGGAUUGUCAGGACUGUUCCCCAGGGCUGAAGUCGUUGCCACCGGAGGACUCAGAGCAGACAUGUCCUCCGAACUGGAUCGAAAACGAGAAUCGGUGUUAUUUCAUAUCUUCCUUGGAGAAGCCUUAUAAUGGAGCGAGGGAACACUGUUCGAACCUUGAUGCAAGGCUCCUCGAAAUAAAUUCACCCGAGGAAGAGGAUUUUGUGUCCAUCUCUAUCGUCACUCGAUUCAGAACUUACUGGAUUGGAAAAUGCAGAGACGGGACUGUGUCCCCUGAUCUUCUGUACAAGAUGUUCUUUAAAUGGCACACCUGCAGAGAAUGCAACUUGCAUUCACAGAGCUACAGUUGUAACAGUACAUACAGAUUCAUCUGUAAAAAGUCGGCACGUUUAUACCAGGAUAUUCCUGAAGAGAUCAAAGGAGGCAGACCAGAACUGAACACCGCCCUCCAAGCGGGGUCUCACCGACGUCAUGUACAACUUCAACGUGACGUCAGCACGCUGCAAUGAUGUAAAAUUAACGCG